UGAUUGGGUUGUGUUUUUUAAGAGAAUUCAAUUAAUAUGACACCAAGGAAGAACAACGUUCAAAAAGAGGAAGUCCAGGUUUCGCUAGGACCCCAAGUGCGCGAUGGUGAGCACGUAUUUGGUGUUGCUCACAUCUAUGCCAGUUUCAACGACACCUUCGUACAUGUUACUGAUUUGUCCGGCCGUGAAACCAUUGCCCGUGUCAACGGAGGAAUGAAGUUCAAGGCUGAUCGUGAUGAAGCUUCACCCUACGCUGCUAUGUUGGCCGCUCAAGAUGAUGCUGAGAAGUACAAGACUCUAAGAAUCACUGCCCUGCACAUCAAGCUCCGUGCCACUGGUGGCAACAAGACAAAGACCCCAGGACCAGGUGCCCAAUCAGCACUCCGUGCUGAUUCGAAGAUGUGA